AUACAUGUAUAGAAGGUGCAACUUUUCCUUAGUGCAGGGGGUGUACUAUCGAUCGAUCGGAACAGGAUGGAUCCGCUGUCGGCGCUAAGAGAGUUCACGAUGAGAGGGGAGGUGGAGAAGAUAGUGCGAGUGAACGGCGAGUUGAGAUUCGGGGAGGAGUACACAUUCCCAUGCUCGGUGGAAACGGCAUACCGUUCAACGAAGGGGAAUCGGUACACACUGGAAACCCUAGUCCACUACAUUAAGAACCACCACCUCAAGCACACUGAGUAUUUCCAGAACACCAUCGCCCUCGGCAUCCCCUCCGUUACCCUCCCCGACCGCAAACCCCUCCUCCAAUACCUUCAGGGCAUCCUCUCCUCCACCGAUUCCAUCGAGUACCGCCCCGAAGACCCUUCCUUCGCCCCCAAUCAUCCCCUUUCCGAUGACCACCUUCACAAAUUGGAUGACUUCGACUUCAUCUCCAUGAUCAAGGCCGCUGAGAGGCCCUUGAAAGAUCGCCAGUCCCUCCUCGAGUGCAAGAGUCGUGACUUCUACAGCGUCCUCGUUGCUGCCACCAAGCGCGAAGAGGAGCGCCAGAGGCUCGACUCCCAGCAGAGGAAGGAUGGCCUCGUUGCCAAAAGUCGCUUGAUGGGUGCCGAUGACGACUUGGGCUAUGACCCCGCUCCCAAGCCCAAGAUGCACUUCAAGGGUUCCAAAAUUGGGGAAGGUGUCCCCAUUAUCUUAGUUCCCAGUGCCUUUCAGACCCUCAUCACUAUCUAUAAUGUUAAGGAAUUCUUGGAGGACGGUGUUUACAUUCCCACUGAUGUCAAGGUCAAGCAGAUGAAAGGUGCCAGGCCCGAUUGCGUCACUGUUCAGAAGAAGCUCAGCAGAGAUAGGGUUGUUACCGCUUAUGAAGUCAGGGAUAAGCCUUCUUCCCUCAAACCUGAGGACUGGGAUCGUGUCGUUGCUGUCUUCGUAUUGGGCAAGGAGUGGCAGUUUAAGGAUUGGCCUUUCAAAGACCACGUUGAAAUUUUCAACAAAAUUAUUGGAUUUUACAUGCGUUUCGAAGAUGAUAGUUUGGAGUCGGCGAAGAAUGUGAAGCAGUGGAAUGUAAAGAUUAUUUCUAUUAGUAAGAACAAGCGACAUCAAGACAGGGCUGCAGCGUUAGAGGUGUGGGACAGACUAGAAGAAUUUGUACGCUCACGGUCACAUUCUUGAUUUGCAUCAGAUAGAGUUCACUGUUAUUACAUUUUUUCCUGUCUUGAUGUUUUGUCAGAUGAUAUGAUAAAUAUUUCCAUUAAUAUAUGAUGUAAAAUUAGUCUCGUCCUUUAAUUGAUACACUUUGUUAAUUGUUAGUGCUAACAACAAUAAUAGGCUAUUGCUCCACAUAAUGGAUGGAAAUGUUUACCAUGGUACCAAACUUUUAAAGCUAAAUAACUCAAAAUUUAAUUUUUGUCCAUAUAUAAGAUCAAUUUUUGUUCUGCAUUUGGAACAUUUAGCUUUCCUUGAACUUUUAUCGUUCAUCAGGAAUUGCUAUAUGUAAAGAUCGAGUUGAGUAGUUCGAGCUUUUUUUUUUGUUAUUCUUGUCUUACUUUCAAGUUGGAGAGAAGUUAUCUCUGUCUCAUGUAGUUUGAGAGAGCUAUUCAAAUGUGGCUGUACCUACCUUUUGUGUUUCCUCAAUUAUGCAGUUUUUGGCGCUCUAUUUCUUUAUUCUUCUGUUCAGCUUUGUAUCUAUAUGGAUGUUAUGCUAGCCUGCCACUGCUUCAGGUUCCCAUAGACAUAGUUAAAGCCUGUGUAUUACAGAACUUUGAACUUGAAUCCACGGGCCUUCUUUUUAUGAGGAUUAUUGUGUAAAUGAGCUUUUAUUUUCUUUCUCUUAGCUCUUCUAUGGCUAAGGAAAAUAAAGACAAUAUUUUCAUUUGCAUGUCUAAGAAAACAGUAGAAAAUAAACGAAGAAGUUCCAAAGCCCUCUAAAUGAAAGCUCGAGUCCAUCAAAGCUUAGUGACAUUAUUCAUGAUACAUUCAAGGUGGAGAUUACCAUUAGAUGUUAGUUACCAUAGACUGUAGCUACUGCUACCUGAAGAUAUUUGUUUUGGUAUCUCAUACAAAUACUUAAAUGAAGAAAUUUUUGGAUUCAAAUGAAGGCAACACAUUUAAUUCCCUUAGACUAGUGGUUUCUUGGCCUUUUAGCAAAUCUUUCAUUGUUUCAACGAUGCUUAUAGGGAAAUGCUAACCAGUGUAUUAGUAAGUGUUAUUCAUACUUUUAUAACAUGAUUUUCUAUG